AUGAGUAGCAGUAGUAAUUUUAUAAAUGGGAAUAAAGCAAAUCAAAAUGGUACUAAUCAUAUGAAUGGUGGGAAUACAUUGGGUACAAGUAUAGGUACUCGAUCAGCUCAAAAUAAUCAAAAUAAUAAUAACAACAAUAAUAAUAAUAAUAACAAUAAUAAUAACAAUAACAAUAAUAACAACUCUUCAAAUCAUCAAUAUAUUAAAAGAAAGGAUUAUCCAAAGAACAAAUCAUUCUUUAUUGAAGAGAGACAUAAAGAAAAUGCAACACCAGACGUACAACGAACUAAAAUUGAAAAGUGGAGAAUGAGAGAAAGGAUGAAAACGGUUAGUGUAGCAUUAGUUUUAUGUUUAAAUAUUGGAGUUGAUCCUCCAGAUGUCAUUAAAACUUAUCCAUGUGCAAGAAUGGAAUGUUGGAUUGACCCAGCAGGAUCACAACCACCACAAAAAGCAUUAGAUUUAAUUGGAAAGACAUUACAAGAACAAUAUGAGAAAUGGCAAAGUAAAGCCAGAUAUAAACAAAGUCUUGAUCCUACGGUGGAAGAGGUUAAAAAGUUAUGUUUGUCAUUGCGAAGAAAUGCCAAGGACGAGCGUGUAUUGUUUCAUUAUAAUGGACACGGUGUACCCAAGCCAACGACAAAUGGUGAGAUAUGGGUGUUUAAUCGCACCUUUACGCAGUAUAUCCCCCUAUCAAUCUAUGAACUGCAAACGUGGAUGGGAACACCUUCAAUCUAUGUGUUUGAUUGCUCGGCCGCCGGUCUCAUCGUCAACUGGUUCAAUCAAUUUGCCGAACAGAGAGACCGCGAAAUGGAACGAUUUAUGAAUCAAAACAACAAUCAACAACCUGGACAAGGAGGACAACAAACUGGACCACAAACAUCCUCUUCAUCAUCCAACAACACCUCCCAAGCAUCCUCUUCUUCCUCGUCGUCAUCCUCCAACAAUAACAACAACAAUUCUUCACAACAACCCCAAUCACAUCUAAAGGAUUGCAUUCUUUUGGCAGCUUGUAGUGCCAACGAAAUUUUACCAAUGAACCCUGAUUUCCCAGCCGAUAUGUUUACAGCAUGUCUCACGACACCUAUUCGUAUCGCGCUGCGUUGGUUCUGUUCACAUUCGAUUCUGAUUGGUAUCACACCCGAUAUGCUCGACCGCAUCCCGGGCAACUUGAGCAGCCGUCGCACACCACUCGGCGAGCUCAACUGGAUAUUUACGGCAGUGACCGACACGAUUGCCUGGAACGUGCUGCCACGUCCACUCUUUCAGAAACUAUUUAGACAGGAUCUGUUGGUAGCCAGUUUGUUUAGAAAUUAUUUGUUGGCAGAGCGCAUCAUGCGGUCGGCCAACUGCACACCCAUAUCCUGUCCCAAGCUACCACCAACCUACCAACAUCCAAUGUGGCAGGCAUGGGAUCUCGCCGCCGACCUCGUCAUCUCGCAGCUCCCCACCUUGCUAGCCGACCCAACCGCCGAGUUCAAGUCGAGCCCCUUUUUCACAGAGCAAUUGACUGCCUUUGAGGUGUGGCUAGAGUUUGGUAAUGAAAAGAAAGCUCCUCCUGCACAACUACCAAUCGUUCUCCAAGUGUUACUUUCACAAGCUCACAGAUUACGUGCACUUGUCUUACUAGGUCGUUUCCUCGAUCUCGGACCAUGGGCCGUUAACCUCGCAUUGCAGGUUGGUAUCUUUCCCUAUGUACUCAAGUUGCUUCAGUCGCCCGCCGGCGAUCUCCGUCAUAUUCUCGUAUUUAUCUGGGCAAAGAUCCUGGCACUUGACAAGUCAUGUCAACUCGAUCUCGUCAAGGAGAAUGGUCAUUCCUACUUUAUCAGUGUCUUGUCUUCACCAAACGUACCGGCUGACCAACGCACCAUGUCUGCCUUUGUACUGAGUACCAUAUGCAAUAACUGCCGUCCAGGUCAAAACGCAUGUCUUAUUGGUAAUCUCUUGCCCAUCUGUUUGUCACAGAUCAACGAUCCAGACCCCAUGGUACGUCGCUGGAUGAUCUUGUGUAUGGCCAAGAUGUGGGAGAACUUUGAAGAGGCCAAAUGGGCUGCCAUCAAGGAGAAUGCACACGAGAAACUGUGUCUCUUGUUGACCGAUAUUUCACCCGAAGUCAGAAGCGCCACCGUCUAUGCGUUGGGCGAGCUGAUUGGCGGUGCUGAGGGUUCCGACCAGCGCACAUACAUUGAGCUUAAUCUCGGCCUGACCUUCCCCGUCGUCACAGCCGAUUGCUCUCCCAUGGUGCGUAAAGAGCUCGUCAUCUCACUAUCUCGUAUCGUCAGCUCGUAUGAAAGCAAUUUCGUACAGGUUGCCCAGGAAAUCGCACGCGAAGAGCGUACUCGUAUCCAAAUCGAGCAGCGUCGUCUUGAGGAACAAAAGAAAUCAAAGCGUCGUCAGUCUUCCAAGAUGGGUGAGAGUGUCGAUGAGUCUAGUCUAGGUAAUGGCCAGCCUGGCUCAGGUCCAAGCGACUUUUCCAACAAUGCAUCACAGUCUACCGUCUAUGGAUGUCUGUGGAAGAUCAUACUCAACCUAUGCACCGAUCCAUACGAUCAAGUAUGCAACCGUGCCGCUUCAAUCGUCCGUCGCAUCACUAGCAAGUUUACUCAAGAAGAUUUACUAUCGACAUUGUACAACCCUGCACUAUCCAAGAGUUUGGGUAACCUCUUGAAUCCAAGUGGUCCCAACUCACCCAUGGCAUCGUCCAUUCCAUCGUCAUUAUCGGCAUCGACGUCAUCUGCUACCACUACACUCAAAAACUUUGUCAAUAUCUCUCGUAUCACUAGUAGCAAGGACAAUAGAUCGCCACAAAAGUCCAAGCUUGGACAACAACGCACACCUCCUCUUUCUGCGUCGAAUGGUACCGUGCCUUUGGGCGGUCCAUUCUCAUUGAGCCAGCAACAACAAAAUGGUGGAUCUGGCGGUGCUGCACAAAGCGUGUCACAGCAACAAAAGCUAAACAAUAGUCAGGCUGCUUCAGCCGAUGGAAUGCUCUUUGAAGAGGACGAGUUGUACUCUGAUUUCUAUGAAUGGAGUUGUUCGCACUUUUCAAAGCCAAUGAUGCAACCAACCGAGGAUUCGGAAUCACCAGAAAAUGUCGAAAAGAAAUGGCGUCACCAACGAAACGAAACCAUUAUCCAAGAGUCAAAAGACUUGGUACAAAACAUUGUCAAUCAACAGACCAAGUCGUUCCCUCAGAUUGGUAUCUUUAGUGAGAAUAAUGGACAACCAGUGUCGCUACUCAAUUUCCAUCCAUUUGAGAAUUGGUUGAUCACAUCGGACGGUGUUGACACUGUCAGCGUUUGGAAUUGGGAAGAGAGUCAAAAGAUUAAUGUCUUUUCCAAUGGAAAUAUGCCGGGUACUCGGUUGACAGCACUCAAGCUACUCAACGACUUUGACUCGCAUAUGGCCAUGACAGCGUCCAACGAUGGUGUGGUGCGUCUGUGGCGUGGAUACGACCACCCCGACAACCUCAAGAUGGUGUCGAGUUGGCGUGCAUUCCCCGAGUUUGCGACGACGGGUAAUGACCCGAUCGGACGUCUCGUGCUCGACUGGAAGCCCGACAGUGGGUUGGCACUCGUUUCGGGAGAGACUCCCGACUAUCCCAAGAUCCGUAUCUGGGACGUUGAGCGCGAGCUCUGCGUGCAGGACGUGAUGAUGGGCACCACUAGCAACGUGACUGCCCUCACCAACGAGAAGGGUGGUCCUCUCUUUGCCGCCGGCUUUGACGACGGCCAGGUCAAGCUCUUUGACUACCGUGUACAAAAUAAAUAUAGCUGUGUCGCGACACUCACCGAACACAAGUCCUACAUCAUCAACAUUGCCAUGCCGUCGAGCCACGAACGGACUGUGGUCAGCUGCGCAACCUCUGGUGAAAUCAAGUUUUGGCAACAGGGCUGCGAGAGCUCCUCCAACACUAUCCUCAACACUGACUUUGGCACCAUCUCCUCUUUUGCCGUCCACGACUCGGCUCCACUCAUUGCCUGCGGUUCACUCUCUCAAAAGAUCCGUAUCCUCAAUUUCGUCGGUGAAGAUAUCAGUGUCAUCCGUUAUCACGAGGGUUUCCUCGGUCAAAGAAUUGGCCCAGUCUCUGCUUUGGCUUUUCAUCCCCACAAUGUAGUCUUGGGUGCAUCUGGUCAAGAUUCUAUUAUUUCGAUCUAUUCAUCAAAUUAA